CUGAAAAGGCUGACAAAUUCAAAUUUUGUUGUUGUUUUAGUUGCAUUGUUACUGGCUAUUUUAGAUUAUGUUUCAAAUAAAGAUCAGAUCUAGUUGAAUGAUACCUGAAUAAAUUUGAUUGUGUCAAAGGCAGGAGUUUAUACAGAACAAGUGUUUCUCUGUUAUUUUGUGUUUUAUUUCAAAUUAAGAGCCUCACAAUGAGUGACAUUAAGCAAAACGACUACAUUACCGCCAAUUCAUCAAACUCCAUUCCAACGAAUAAGAUUGAUUCAACCGAUCCCUGUUUAUUACCUUUAGCUGCUCGUCGAGCUCUUUUUGAAAAAAAGGCAACUCGUCCAGUUGUUGACAUAACCAGAAACAAUGACAUUGAGGAGGCUCUUGCAGCUUUUAAAGAAAUCGAAGAGCUUCCGUCUGAAGAUGAUCUCAGCGAUUUAAAUAUUUACAAAGAGAAAGAUAUCCUGUCUGAAGAUAAGAAUGUCGAACAUGUAGAAACAUAUUCCAACGAUUCUAUUAGUUUGAAUGAAGCAGAUAUAUCAUCAACCGAUGAGGAAAACUGCAACCAGGAUUAUAAAAACAAUCUUAAUUAUUCUUCUGAAACCGAUGAGAAAAAUUCAUCAUUCAGUGACAAAAAUUUCGAUCUUCAAGAGCGAAAUUGCCCUCAGGAAAGUGAUCCCAACGACUCAAUCGGCAGCAAUGCUUCAUCUCUUCUUUCGAGUGUUGAUGAAAACAACACUGUGAUCAGUCAGUCAACAAAAAUAUAUCCAGAACUCCCUCGGUUCGACGAUUUCGUUUAUAAAACCUGUUCAAAAAAAACCGAUGAACCUUCAAAAAGCAUCAUCUCACCCAUUAAAAGCUUCAAUCAGCCUACUGUACAUCAUCAUCAUCCAUCUCCUAAAAAGAAUGUUCAAAAUGACCCUGUGAAACCCAAAUCCUCACAAACAACCACUCCUUUGAGGACUCUAAGCAUGUAUCGUAGAGAACAGAAGAUUCAAAAGACACUCAAAAGAUCUGCCGAUGAUGAAGAUGAGCUUAUCACCGACUUGGAAACUGAAGCUCUCAAACUAGAUCUUGUUGAAAAGUAUCGUGAGGAGAAAUUAAAAAAGAUUGAUGACCUUGCAGUGGAAGCUGAUAAAUAUAAUAAAAUCAUUUAUCAAAGUUUUCGUGCAUUAGAUCUUUGUGUUCAAACCAAAAACAUUUCAGAGCGCAUCGAAGCUGAGAAAAUUCUUCUUAUUAACAUGGUCAGAAAAAAUGCCUGCGUUGAUGAGUUGUAUCGAUUAAAAAAGGAGGAAAAUUUCGAUAUCACAGAAGAUCCAGUUGGUAAAGUUACUUUCAACAAACUAAUGCUUUUAGUCAAAGGAAACUUUUUUGUUUCUCAAGCUAGCGGCCUCGAUUUAUGUGAAUAUCAUUUUAUAUGCCUUUUUACUUGUGGUGAGAAAGUUAUUGCAACUGACGCUCUAUCUUCCACCCAUGCUAUACAAGAAGCAUCUCUCAACUUCACGAAUAAAGCAGAAUUUGAUCACUUAAGGAAGGAUUUUCGCAUUCGUCUGACCGUUUAUGCUCUGGCUUUACCUAAAGGAAAAAGAAAUCAGGAUAAAAAAAAUAUUCGUCUUACUCCUAAAAACAAAUCAAAAGUUAAAUAUACACAUUCACCAGCGUUGAAAGCAUCUCCUAAAAGUGAGAAAAUUAAAUGUAAUUUCAAAAAAAUGGGAUAUGUCGAUUUCACUCGUGAUAACAUCAUGAAGAGUCGUUUUUCGUUGGAAGAAUUUAUGUAUGAAUCACCUUUAGAAGAUCAAAUCAUGGUUGAUUUGGUGAUUGGAGGUGAAUACAACUUUAAAUUUUCUAGCUAUUUGAAUUUCCAUGAGACAUCAGGAGACUAUCCUGUUUGGAAUCGUCGAUGGUGCGUUCUAAAUGGUCCAUCUAUCUAUUUUUGGAGAUUUUCUGAAGAUGAAGGAGACAAACAACCGUUGGGUGUGAUAAAUUUGAAACACUGUGUCAAUCUAAAAAUUAGCAAAGCCACUGCAGAUGUAAGCAUGAGACCGAAUGCAUUUUCAUUCGUAACUCUCGAAAAGCAAAAUAAUUCUUUAACCCCUAUGGAGCAUUUAAUGGCUGCAGACAUUCGCAAAGAAAGAGAUGGUUGGCUCGAAAAUUUGAACAAAGUUCUAGAAAUGAUCAGACUCUGGGAGCCAGAUUGUCUUCAACCUAUGGAUCAAGUUUCUCUAGAUAGCUGCUU